AUGAAAAGAGCAACCUCGCACGCCAAUGCCUUAGCGACUCCAACAGGUCCUCCUCGCAAUGACCUUCCACAUGCUCAGUUUACUCCACCACACUUCAAAGCUCUAGUAAAUCACAAUAUCUCGACACUGACAAUCAGUCCACUGGCAGCACCCAGCGUCGUGAGCGCCAUUCAGACUUCAGUAGACUCGCCAGCAAACAUCAGUAAUGGUUCUUUCCUUGGCGGACAGCAGAAGGCGCCAUCACGGGCUGAACGGCUGAGGAUGUGGAGACAUGAUGCCUUGAUGCAGCAUCAGUACGAAGCAGCAGCAUUCAUCGGCGACAAGCUGCUAUCCAUGACUGGAGACCCAAAUGAUGCGUUUUGGCUGGCGCAGGUCUAUUACAGCACUGGUCAUUAUGCUCGGGCACAAGGUCUACUUAUGCAGAAGGAUCUACUCGACAGCAGUGUUGCUUGCCGUUACCUGGCUUGUUUAUGUCUGACAAAACAACUAAAAUGGCAAGAAGCUUUGGAUCUGCUAGGCGAGCAUAAUCCCUUCCGAUCUGACGCACGCGUCAAGAAUCAAGACGGUGGUAUCAAACUGGAAGCAUCCAUGUGUUACCUGCGAGGUUUUAUCUACGCGCAAAUGAACAACUUCGAUCGAGCAAAAGAAUGUUACAAAGAGGCUGUCCAGGUGGACGUGAAGUGCUUCGACGCUUUCGACCAGCUGAUAUCGAAUAACUUGAUGACAUCAAACGAAGAGUGGGAUUUUGUUAAUAACUUGGAUUUCAAUGCCCUUGACCCAGACGACGCAGAGUUUGUCAAAAUGAUUUACGUCACCAAACUUAACAAGUUCAAGGCAUCAGAGGAGUUUGUCGAGGCUGAGGAGCGACUAGCUCGCGAUUACAAUCUUCAAAACAACCAUGACCUGCUCUUAUGCCGGGCUGAGAUGCUCUAUGUCCGACGGCGGUACAAAGCCUGCUAUGAAAUCACCGAAAAGAUCCUUGAUGCGGACAUGUACAAGUUCACUGCUCUGCCAAUACAUGUUGCUUGCAUGUACACACUAGGGAUGAAGAACGAUCUUUUCCUAUUUUCGCAUAACCUGACCGACCAGCAUCCCAACGAGCCAGCUACAUGGUUUGCUGUUGCCGUUUAUUACUUCGCCACGAAUAAGAUCACAGAAGCUCGUCGAUAUUUCAGUAAAGCUUCUUUGAUGAACCCCCAAUUUGGUCCUGCCUGGAUUGGCUUUGCUCAUUGCUUUGCGGAAGAAGGUGAACACGAUCAGGCAAUCUCAGCAUACUCGACCGCGGCACGAUUAUUUCAAGGGACACAUUUGCCUCCUUUAUUCUUGGGGAUGGAGUACCUUAAGCUGGAUAACAUUCCCCUAGCCGCCGAGUACUUCAGGUCGGCUCAUGGCAUGUGUGAUUCAGAUCCAUUAUUGCUGAAUGAACUCGGUGUCGUUGCAUAUCACAAUAAUAACCUGGAGUAUGCCGUGAGUGCUUUCCGUCAGACGCUGAAGGUGGCGAAGGAAAUCGAGAGCGAUGAACGCUCGUGGGUCAUAACCUGGGCGAAUCUUGGACAUUGUUGCCGUAAACUGAGGUUGUUUGACGAAGCACUGACAUACUUUGAGAAUGUGCUACGUAUGUCCCCACGAGACUCCGGUGUCUACAUCGCAAUUGCACUCAUCAAAUUGGAGAUGGGCAAGUCAUUUGACGCGUUACACUACGUCCAUCAAGCACUGAGUGUUACUCCUGCAGACCCUAUAGCAAGUGAUGUAUUGCAGCGUGCACUUGAAGCCAAUGGUUCUGAUUCUCUCGGAGGAUCAGGUCUUGAUCUCGACGGUGAAUUCUUCUUUGAUGAUGAGUCGGAUCCUAUAUUUGUUGAUCCCUCUUUUGGUGGGCACCCUGAGAGCUCGUUUGCGUUACCCUCCAUGAACCAAAGCGCGAGCUCUGCGGGGCAGUUUGCUCCACCUACUAGUGAAGGCUAUGAUUCGGAGGUUGCUGAUAUGGAGGAAAGUAUGGAAGUUUCGAAUACGAGUGAUUGA